AUGCCCCGAUCCGACCCGAGCUGGGAAUAUUCUUGGAAUCAAAGCGAAGAAAACCGCCUGAUCGGGUCCACUGUUCAAGAAGAAGGGCACAUUUACUCGUUAGCUGCGACGAAUGAUCUUCUUUUCACAGGAUCGGACAGUAACUACAUUAAGGUUUUGAAAAACUUAAACGAGUUUAGUGAGUUUAAAUCGAACAGCGGAUUAGUGAAAGCGAUUGUCAUUUGUCGUGAGGAGAAUAAAGUGUUUACGGGUCAUCAAGACGGUAAGAUCCGGGUUUGGAAAACCUCAACCAAGAAUCCGAGAGUGUACACACGCGCCGGGAGUUUACCGGCUUUGAAAGACGUGUUGAAGAAGUCAGUGAAACCUAGUAACUACGUGGAGGUGAGACGACGUCGUAUGAUGCUAUGGAUUAAACACUCCGACGCCGUUUCUUGUUUGAGUCUUGUGGAAGAUCAAGGGCUGUUAUACUCCGCUUCGUGGGAUCGGACGGUCAAGGUUUGGCGAAUUCACGACUUGAAAUGUGUAGAGUCUAUUAAAGCUCAUGACGACGCCGUGAACUCCGUCGUCGGUUCCGCCGCAGAGAGUCUUGUGUUCACCGGUUCGGCUGAUGGAACGGUUAAGGUUUGGAAACGGGAGGUUCGAGGUAAGCGUACGUCGCAUAGUCUGGUUCAGACUUUGCUGAAGCAAGAAUCUGCGGUUACGGCUUUGGUUACUAGCCACGUGGCGGUUUAUAGUGGCUCGAGCGACGGUGCUGUGAAUGUCUGGGAGAUGGGAGAGAAGAAAGUGUUAAAGCAUUGUGGUGUUUUCAAGAAGCAUAGGCUUGCUGUGCUCUGUCUCGCAGCCGCCGGAGAAUUGGUGUUUAGUGGUGCGGCGGAUAAGAAGAUAUGCGUGUGGAGGAGAGAAGGGAGAGCUCACACGUGUGUGUCGGUUUUGACCGGUCAUACCGGACCGGUUAAGUGUUUGGCGGUGGCGGAACCAUCGGGAGGAGAGGAUAAAGACGGAGGAGAAGAUGGGAGGUUGGUUGUGUAUAGUGGAAGUCUUGACAAGUCGGUCAAAGUUUGGAGGGUGCCACGUCACCAGAUGUAG